AUCCGUAUUUAGUGGAUUCGGUGUUUAUCCCUAUUCUCGGUUUCCUAUAUUUACGACGGGUAUUGGGUCGAUUCUUCAAAAUAAUUCAUUCUGUACAGUAGUUUUGACGAAGAACCAUUUCUUUAGAGUCGAUUCCAGAUCUUGAGAAUCGAUUCCCAUAGUAAAAUUCAUUCAGUGUGAAAUGCGGUAGAUUUUGAGGUCGCUGUCUCUCAAACGCGUCAAAUUUCUUUACCUCGGCACUGUGGAAAUAUUUCUGCUGAAAAACUAAACUAAACGAGUAAAAUGUGAAAUGUGACUAGUUAAAGCGUUUACUGGUUAUCAGAAAGAGCCGAGGUGUGGAUAAAAGAUCCGGAAUAUUUAUGCUUUUACUGAGAGAUUUUCUUCAGAAAUGGACGGUCUGGUGUCAGAGGACGACAUCCUGCUGCGAUCAGAGACAUUUUUUCACAAUGCUGCAAAAAUAAACGACACCAACAAAAUGCUGGAGCUCAUCAGAAAAGGGGUGAACAUUAAAGUAAAAAAUAACGUGGGGCGGAAGGCUUUGCACUGGGCUGCAGGAGCUGGAAGUGAAGAAGCUCUACGCCUGCUGUUGGAACAUGACACUGAGCUGGAUGAUGCAGACAUUUUUGGCAUGAAUGCUUUACUGUUGGCAGCUUGGUUUGGUCACCUCAAAACCCUGAAGAUUCUUGUUUCAUCUGGUGCAAAACUCAACUGCCAAAACAAAAACGGGUUAAAUCUUCUGCACUGUGCUGCCCAGAGAGGUCAUGUCCAUAUUCUGCAGUUCAUAGUGGAAGAUCUGGAGGAUUUUCAGCUCGACAGAGUUGACAUGAAACCAAGAUCCAAGAUCCAGCUGCCUGCUGCUUCACUGAGCCAUCGAGAAUUUCAUAGAAUGGCUAAUAAAACUGGAAAUGUUUCCACUCCUACAAGCUUUACAUUGAUGUCAGCUAAGACAGCAUUACACUUGGCAGCAGAACAUGGACAGUUGGAGGUGACCGAGUUUCUCAUUGGUAUGGGCUGUACACAUGGCCUAAAGGACAAGCAGGAGAACACUGCACUGCAUUUGGCAGCGAUUCAUGGCCACACUAAGGUUAUGCAGAAAAUUCUAGAAACAGGAAAGAACAAGAAUGAGAGAAACAUUGAUGGUAUGACAGCUUUACACUUGGCUGUUAGUGGAGGACAUUAUGAAUGUGUCAGGCUGCUGCUGAACGCUCACUGCAAUGUUAAUGAACUGACCAAUAAGAAUAUGACUGCUCUUCACUUUGCAGCUCUACAUGGGUUUGACCGGGAGGUCAGACUGCUGGUGGAAGCUGGAAUCAAUCUCAAUUCUGUGGACAGUAAUCAUACAGCUGCACUACACAUUGCUGUGUUCAACAACUACACUGAGAUUGUUAAAAUACUGAUUGAUGCAGGUUGUGACCUGGGCUUGUUUGAUUAUCGGCUGCAAACAGUUUUGCACAUAGCAGCAGAACAUGGAUACCAGAACAUAGCUGAACUGAUCCUCCUGGCUGGAGUUAACCUCGAACUACUCGACAAGCAGAAAAAGACAUCAUUGGACAUUGCAGCUAGAAGCAAUCAUGUAAACGUGGUAGACAUGAUUAUCAAAGCUAAUCGAUUUUACAAAUGGAAACAGGACUGUGAUGCUGAAUCCUUUGGGAUAAGGAAUGUGACCUUUAAACAGGAUCACAGGACAGAGACGCAGCACAUCCGCUCUAUUUUAUGGAAGUUAGCCACAAAAUAUCUAAAACCUGGAGAGUGGAAGACACUGGCACAACACUGGCACUUUACAGAUGCACAAAUGCGAGCCAUAGAACAGCAGUGGACAGGCACUAAAAGUUAUAAGGAACAUGGAUAUCGCAUGCUGCUGAUCUGGCUGCAUGGGGUAUUGAUUGCUGGUGAAAACCCCAUAAAAAGAAUGUAUGAGGGUCUGAUGGGUAUCUCAAGGAUGGAUCUGGCAGAGAGCAUCCGUCAGCAAGCCAAUGCAGAUCUAAAGUCUUCAAAGUGUGCAACAAUGUGAACCAGUUGUAAAUUAAAUGGCACUGAGGACAUUUACAGCAAUAUAUGCAACUUCAUUAAAGUGCAAAAACUAAUAUGCAA